AUGGCUUUCUGGGCUCCACACCAUCCCUCCGCUCGUUCGUUAGCCGCUAAUACAUGCAUACGACUAUGCGCGGCAACCCGGACGCAUGGCACUAGCUUCCAAGAGUCCCAGCUGGAUCCUCCUGAGAUCAUGAUGGAGACUUACCGAGUCAGCCCAGAUCACGAACCGCAGAGUAUAAUACCCCCACAGUCUCCCGCAUUUGCGACAUUGACAGCCAAACCUCUUUUGAAACACUCCUCUCACAAGAUGCCUGGCCGACCCAAUAACAAGUCGGACUCCACAGACAUGGAGGGGAUCGCGGUCAUUGGAAUGGGAUGUCGGUUCUCCGGAGGUGCGAACUCCGUUGAGAACUUCUGGCAGAUGCUAUGCGACGGCCGCACCGGGCAUGGAACCAUCCCCGAGAGCCGAUAUCAAGCCUCGGCUUGGCACCAUCCCAGCCAUGAUCGCAAAGGAGCGAUCAAUCAUGACAGUGGCUUCUUCAUUCAGGAGGAUCCAUCUCGCUUUGAUGCCCCUUUCUUUUCUAUCACCGCUAAGGAGGCGGCGGGCAUGGACCCGGCGCAGAGAUUAUUGCUUGAAGUCGCAUAUGAAACUUUUGAAAACGGUGGAAUUCCGAUAGACUCACUUCCUGGCAGCAACACUGCAGUCUACUCGGGCUCCAUGACUAACGAUUAUGAGCUACUAUCUACGAGAGAUAUUUACGACAUGCCUCAUAAUUCCGCUACCGGAAACGGGCGGACUAUGUUGGCAAACCGCUUGUCAUGGUUCUUUGAUCUCCAAGGCCCGAGUAUUAUGAUGGACACAGCGUGUUCGUCAAGUCUGACGGCAGUUCAUUUGGCAGCUCAGGCUCUGCGCUCUGGCGAGUGCGGCAUGGCCAUGGUCACUGGAGCCAGUCUCAUCUUACACCCUAAUUUUACCCAGAGACUCUCCUACAUGCACAUGAUGAGCCCGGAUGGCACAAGCCAUUCAUUUGACGAAUCAGCUAACGGCUACGGCCGAGGAGAGGGUAUUGGAGCUGUGCUCUUGAAGCCCUUGAGCGCCGCGCUGGCCGACGGAGAUAACAUCAGGGCCGUCAUCCGCGGCACUGGAAUCAACCAGGAUGGCCGGACCCCUGGAAUCACCUUGCCCAGCCCAACUUCGCAGGCGAAUCUUAUUCGCUCAACAUAUGAGCGCCACGGAAUCUCAAUGAGAGACACCGCUUACUUCGAGGCCCAUGGAACGGGUACUCCAGUUGGUGAUCCCACUGAGCUUUCCGCAGUCGGAAUGACAUUGGGUGAGGCACGCACACCGACAGAUGAGCCAGUGUAUGUGGGCUCUGUCAAAACAAAUCUCGGUCAUACCGAGGGUGCAGCGGGAGUUGCCAGUUUGAUCAAGGUAGUCCUUUGCUUGGAGAAGGCUACUUUGGUGCCUAAUGCCGGGUUCAAAAACAUCAACCCGAAGAUUCGCACUGACGAGUGGCGCCUACGCUUAAGCGACAAGACAAUGCCUUGGCCAGAGCAUUUGCCUCAACGGGCGAGCAUCAACUCGUUUGGUUUCGGUGGAUCGAACGCGCACAUCAUUCUGGAGAGCACCAAAGAAGCCUUCCAAGAGAAUGUCGAAGAUAGAGAGCCCGCUCCUCGGGUUGUGGUCUUCUCCACAUUCGAUCAAGCUGGAAUUGAGCGUCUCGGCGGCAAUUGGAGUGAAUUCCUGCUGCGACAGAAGCAAGCUGAACUGGAAAUCCCUCUCAAUGACCUGGCUCAUACGAUGCUGACCCGUCGAUCGCAGUUGGGUUUCCGCAGCUUCGCGGUUGCUAACUCCCAAGACCAAUUGCAGGGCAUCUUGGCUAAGGGACUUCCCAAGUUCGCCCGUGCUAGUCGUAAAGCACUUACACGGAUUGCUUUCGUCUUCACUGGCCAAGGUGGUCAAUGGGCGGGCAUGGGUCGUGAGUUGUUGCGGGUCAACAUCUUCCGCGAAAGUAUGGCGCGGUCUCAGGAUAUUCUAUCAUCGCUUGGAUGCUCCUUCGAUAUCGUUGAGGAGAUCAAGCUGGAUGCCAAGGAAAGUCGCAUCAACCGACCCGAUCGUAGUCAGCCUAUCACUUGUGCGCUGCAGAUUGCGUUAGUGGAUCUCUUGUCCAGCUGGUCUGUUUAUCCCAAUGCAGUUGUCGGUCACUCGAGUGGUGAAAUUGCUGGUGCGUAUGCCGCAGGUUACCUUUCCCAUGCCGAUGCCCUCCGGGUGGCAUGGUUCCGCGGCUUCUUCUCCCAGCAAAUUGCUGAGAGUGAUAAGAGAGGCGGUAUGCUGGCUACUGGUAUCUCUUCCACGGAUGCCCAGAAGUAUCUCGAUGAACUGCCACCACGCUCAGUUGUGGUGGCUUGUGUCAACAGUCCUUCCAGCACGACCCUCUCCGGCGACGUUGACCAAGUCGACCUUCUCGAAAAGCGGCUGCAGGCAGAUGGUCACUUCGCUCGUAAGCUUCGCAUCGACACAGCUUACCAUUCCCCUCACAUGGAAGAACUGGUCGAGGUUGUGGGAAAUGCCAUCAACUGUAUCAAACCAGAGGACCGAUAUGGCGACUCCAUUCCCAUGCUCUCAUCCGUUACCAAGGAGCGCGUCCACGGACCUGAGUUGGGCGGCGCAUACUGGGUGCGAAACAUGGUCAGCUCGGUUGAAUUCACCGCGGCAGUUUCUCAGCUUGCCAAGCUGAGCGAAUCCACCAAGGGUCGUCGUCGUCCUGUCCCCAUCAAGUGGACGAGCUUGAUCGAAAUCGGUCCUCAUGCUGUGCUGAAGGGUCCGGUGAAUCAGAUCCUGCAAGCUGUCAACAAGAAUAUGGCCACCCUUCCCUACUACUCACUGAUCUCUCGCAACCAGCAUGGGUUGAGAACCGCCCUUGAAGCUGCUGGAUCCUUGUGGAGCACAGGACACGCGGUCGACCUUUCAGUUGUCAACGCCGGUGUUGACGCGACAAAGCCAGCAAUGCUCGCCGAUCUUCCCUCGUAUCCCUGGAACCACCAGACCUCAUUCUGGCAUGAACCACUCGAAACAGCUCAGUUGCGACAGCGCAAACACUAUCGUCAUGAUAUUUUGGGAGCGGCAGUGGACUACCAAAACGCGUUGGAACCACGAUGGAGGAACUUCCUCCGAGUUUCGGAGAACCCGUGGCUUGUUGAUCACGUCGUUGCCGGUUCGAUCGUGUUCCCCGCUGCGGGAAUGUUGGUCAUGGCUAUCGAGGCAGCGCGUCAACUCGCUGACGGUCAGGCUGUGAAGGGUGUUGAAUUCCAGGAUGUCCAAUUCAUGCGCGGUGUGGUGAUUCCGGAGGAGGAGCGGGGCUUGGAAACUCUUCUCCAGUUGUCUCCUCAUCCUGGCUUGCCUGGAUGGUACCAGUUCGGAAUCUUCUCACUUCCUUCUGGGGGUGGUUGGAUUCAACACGCCAAGGGCUCCUUCACUACCCGAUUCGAAAAUGAAGCGGAUGACGAGCGCAAGGCAAACUGGUCCGCGUCACUGGAGCGCAUUAAGAACACUCAAACAACCGCGAAGAUGGCAGACAUCAGACAAGCAUAUGAGUGGUUGUCCGUCACAGGAGGACUGACCGUGGGACCUGCCUUCAAGACCAUCACCGGUGUCUCUUUCUGCGACGCGGAGCCUCGCAUUUGGCUCUCUGGAGUCGUCACAGACACCAAGUCGGGAAUGCCUUAUGAGAAGGAAACGCCUAGUUUCAUCCAUCCCACGACUUUGGAUUGUCUCUUCCAGUCUGCUCUUCUGUCUUGCUCCGAGGCUCUUGCAAGCACCAACGCCAACAUCCCUGUCGGUGUGGACAACAUUUAUAUCUCCAACAACUUCCAGCCUCAACCCGGCGAGCCGUUUGUCGUCCAUACCGAGACCAAGUGGCAGGAUGGCAAGUCGAGAUCACACUGUGUUGCCUCCGACCCUUCAUGGUCGCAACCUUGGAUUUCAUUCGACGGUGUGCAUCUAGGUCGCCUUCCCUACAACAACACCCAGAAGCAGGAGGAGUCUGCGUCUCAGAGCCGAUACUCAUCAAUUGUCUGGGAUGAACAUUUGGAGUCUCCUCUUGUCACUGGUGAGAUCCACGACGGAGAAAAGAAGAUUGCAGUGGAAGCAAGCAGUCUGCAGUUGACAGACUGGAUCAAACGACUGUGCCAUACCUGCGGUGAUGCAACCGCUCUGAUCGCCACUUCUUCCGAUGCAAGCUCUUGGUCAAAGACUCUUGAGGGCCUGGCCCCCGGCACCGGGAACCGACCUUGUCUGGGAAAGAUCGCUCUCGCUACAUGUGGCUCACAUGAUGAGGCAGUGAACGAGGUCGUCGGUGCUCGGGUUACACCCCUUGAUGCGCUUGAUAAGCUCCCUUCUUCUCCACUUGCCGAAGACAAGUAUGAUCUGGUGGUCAUUGAUGAUGAACUUGCCCCGUGGAACGAGAAAUCAUCCCUGGCAGUUCUAUCGCUUUUGCCAAAGAUUGUUGGCGACGGCGGCUUUGCCGCGGUGCGUGUGUCAGAUGAAGAUCUUAACUCCGCUGUCCUCGCGAUGCAGGGGUUGGCGGGUCUUGAAAUUCACAGUGUGACUCAGAAUCGCAAGUUCAUUGUUGUGCGCCGAACCCCCGUCUCAUGGAGUACGGACACAGAAAUCUACGUCCUGAGCCCAGCAGGAACCACCCAUUCUGACUCUGCCUUCGGUCAUCUCGAGAAGAUUUUCGCUUCCCAUAAUGUUCGACUCAUCUCUGUUGGAUUGGACCAAGUUUCCACACUGGAAGGAAAGACUGUGAUCUCAUUGCUCGAUCUCGCAGGCCCUUGGGUGUCUAAGUGGACAGAAAAGGACCUCAAGCACCUCCAAGGUCUCGUCAAAGCACAAUAUGUCCUCUGGGUUUCACCUUGCUGGAGCCAAGGAGAUGCCGAGAAUAUUGAAUCUGGAGCUACCGGUGGUCUCCUCCGUACCUUGCGGAAUGAGCAGUGGAACGCCACAAUCCCUCACCUUCUGGUGGAUGUGGAGGGCAUGCAGGACCAAUUUGGCCUUGCUUGCGGUAUUCUACAGGUCAUGCAGCUUACCACCCAAGAAAGUGCUCGUCGACCAGACCUGGAGUACCGCCUGAACAGUGGAAAGCUUUUGGUCCCACGUGUCUUCAGGACCGCAGCUGUAGACGAGGCUAUGCAUACCCUAGUCGAGGGUCCCCGCCCCGUCCUAUCGGAGCUGACUGAAGACCCAAGGCCACUGCAGUUGAAGCUCCAGGAUGGAGAGAACGCGAUCUGGCAGGAGCAACCAGCCCUUGAAGAUCAACUUCUGCCGGACCAGACUGAGCUCAAGGUUGAGAUGGCUACCAUCUUUGACAUCCAGGGAGAUUCAGGAAAGACCCCAGAGACAACCCUGCCCAUGUUCGAAAUAGUGGCCCAAGUCACUCGGAUUGGAUCAGGUGUUCGUGACUCGGCUGUUGGCGACAAGGUUUUGACACUGGCCUCUGCAGACGCUGGACUUCCAACAACCAUUCGUGUACUUGAAAGUGACACCAUCAGAAUUCCCGCCAACACCCAACCUACGCAGGCAAUCUCAGCACCCCUUGCGUACCUCAACGCCUACCAGAUCAUCACACAGAUCGGCCGUCUCAGCUCAAGCUCUUCGGUCCUUCUCGUCGGUUCGCCAAGUCAGACCCUCCGGGCCAUGAUUGAUUAUUCACUUGCAAUGGACAUUCAGGUCAUCGUGGCUACCGAUUCCCAAGAUGCGACUGAGACUCUUCGCUCGCGUUAUCCCGAACUUGCAAACCGAGUUCUUGGAAUCCAUAGUGGCCUAGAGACAAGUGUGUCUAGACUUACCAAUGGAUGCGGAGUUGACGCCAGCAUCUCGUUCCUGGGUGGAUAUGCAGGCCGAAAUGCAGCCAAGUGUCUGGUCCAAGGUGGCCAGUACAUCAACUUGUCCAGCGAUAUGAAGCUGAGUGCUCUGCCCGACUCUUUCAUUGACAGUGGUUGCACAUUCUCUUCCCCCAAGUUACAAAAGAUGUUCUCUGAGAAGCCCGGCAGCCUCCACGCUUCAGUCAGACAUGCCAUCGACUUCAUGAAGCAGAACCGGAUGUUGGAUCACGUCGAGCCAUACUCAACCUUCCCUGCCUCUGACAUCGAGGGCGCGCUCAAGAAGUGUAAGGAAACUACCAGUAGAGCCAUUGUGAACUUGCAAGCUCCUGGGAAGGUCCCAAUUGUACUCCCCUUGCCGGAUCUUGCUGGCCUGCCUGCUGAGAGUACCUACAUUCUUGCUGGUGGAUUAGGAAAUCUGGGUCUUGCAUUGGCCGACACCCUGGUGCAGUCUGGAGCCCGCCACUUGGUCUUCCUUGGACGAUCUGGUAGCGCACACCCCAGCCAGCAGGUGGCGCUUGACCUCCUUCGCAACCAAGGAUGUCAGAUUGACGUUGUUCGCUGUGAUAUCUCGCAGCAGGGAGAUAUCGAUCAUCUUGCGUACAAGAUCAGGAGUAAGAACUGGGCUGUUGCUGGUGUGAUUCAGUGCACUACAGUCCUCAAGGACGCCAUGUUUGAGAACAUGACUUUCGAAGAGUGGAGCAAAUCCACCGACUCCAAGAUCCGCGGAACCAUGAACUUGCACAACCUGUUCUCCAAGAAGGAGGAUUUGAGCUUCUUCGUGGCCCUGUCCUCUGUGGCCAGUGUUAUUGGUAACAUGGGUCAGGCUAACUACUCCGCCGGAAACGGUUUCAUCGACGCCCUCAUGGAAUGGCGACGCAACCAAGGACUGCCCGGCCAUUCCAUCAACAUCGGUCUCGUUCCCGAUGCCAGCGGAAUGAGUGAUAUUGCCGAGGACCAGGAACAGCGCCGUCGUCGCUACAAGCAUCUCGAAGGCACAGAGAUCAUGACCUAUGAGAUCCAGACCUUGCUGCGUGUCAUCAUCAACAGCAAGCUUUCCUUGCCAUCCCAGAUCAUUGCCGGUAUGACCGACAGCCUUUCUCGCAGCAAUGGAUCUACAGCUUGGGUUUUGGAUCGCAAGUUUGACCACCGCCUUCGCAUUUCCGUGGAAGAUAGCGACUCUUCCAAGAUCACAACUAGCUCUUUGCUCAAGGAGGCCGACUCCUUGGAUACUGCUACGCAAAUUGUCAUUGAUGCUCUGUGUGAAUACUUGGCAGAUGCUAUGGCUACCACGCCUGAUGCCAUUGACUCUGAUUUGCCCUUGUCUGCCUUGGGUGUUGAUUCACUUAAAGCGACAUCUGUCCAAAACUGGGUGUCUCGCGAGCUUGGAGCCGACCUUACCUCUUUCGAAUUCCUCGGAUCACAGCCAACUAAGGCUCUGGCUAGGAAGAUCGCCUCGGCCAGCUCAUUUGUUACGGAAUCAGCUUGA